AUGGCCGAUAUGAGGUUGUCCACAAGCUUGGAACGUUAUGACUCGUUGAAGAUCCUAGUUGCCGAUGAGUCCUUAAAAAGCACUGAAGGCAGUAUUCUACGGAUGAUCUGUGGCGGUAACUCGAUGCACCCAGGGCAGCGGUUCACUCCACGUUUACUCGACGAGCUCUCAUUCGAUGAACCUAACGGACGCCACGAUUGCCUCGUGCAAGAACCUGCUGGCUGCAGUAUUGCAGCGUCUAAGGAGGACUCGGUAAACUUUAUGUUUCCUACUGAAACUACAAGAUCCAUUGCCACUCAACUUAUUAUGGGAGUUUCAUAUCUGCACUCCCGUGGAGUGUGUCAUGGUGAUCUCCACACGCGAAACUUCCUUCUGCGCGGUCCAGGUUUAGACAGCCUCAGCCCUGACGAGCUCUACAAUCGUUACCGCCUAGACAAGGCUCCCGUCACGAGGGUUGAUGGCGCGGCAGUUGAACCUCACGCACCGCCAUAUGCUGUUUACCCAGUGCACAUCAAGAUGUCCGCCGACAAGCUCGUGGACCCAAUCGUUAGGAUAUCCGACUAUGGAACCUCAUUCGCAGUUGCCACCGAGCCAUCGCCCAAGCUCCAUACACCUGCUCUCUACCUCCCCCCCGAAGAUUUCUUCAACGAACCCAUUACCCAAGCUGUCGACAUCUGGACACUCGCCGUCAAUCUCUACGAAGUCCUCGGUGAACGGGCUCACUUUGAAACAUUCGGCUGGGACCGAGAUGAUACAAUAGCAGAAAUGGUAAGUACGCUUGGCUCGCCGCCUGCUCGCUGGUGGGACGCAUGGGAGAAUCGUAAGGAAUUCUUCGAGCUGGACGGCUCCUGGGUCCGUGAUAUGAAAAGGAUCUACACGCCUGUGUUCCGACCUCUUAACCAGCGUAUGUGGGACAUGGGAUGUGGUGAGGCGCCUGAGUCAUGUCAGUGGGAUGUGAAAGAGGGUGAGAUGCGGGCUUUGGACGAGUUACUGAGGGGUAUGAUGGCUUUUGAACCUGCCUCGAGGUUGACAGCGGAGCAGCUCAUGGAGUCAGAGUACAUGGUGAAGUUGGAGAGGCGCAGGGAAGAUGGGUUGAAAUAA